AUGACUAACGCAAAGUUCUUGGACAAGCUUCACGAUGUGUUUCACAAAACUGAGACACAUGCGCCUAAGGACGUGACGCCAUGGAACGAGCCCAUUAGCAAGCGAUCAAAAUAUGCCAUUCGUAAACAACGGGGCGUAAACUUGGGCUCUUGGUUUGCACUCGAAAGCUGGCUUACGGGUAGUUUGUUCCAAUCACUGAAUGAAUCGGGUAGCUGUGACAUGGAUAUCGUCAAGGGAAUGAACUUAGAGGAAGCAAAACAGCUUCUCGAGCGUCACUGGGACUCGUUCAUCGAUGACGGCGAUUGGAAAUGGAUGAAGGCGCAUGGCAUCAACUCCGUGCGCAUACCGAUUCUGUACGCGCAUUUCCUUGCUGGGAAUAAAGAGCACACCAAACUCUUAAAGGGGACAGACUAUGCAUCGUUCGCAACUGUAUAUGAGGGUGCCUGGCAACGCAUCGUCGCAAGCAUCGAGAAGGCUGCUUCGCUUGACAUUGGAGUGCUAAUCGACUUGCACGGUGUACCUGGUGGACAGAAUGGUGACAGUCAUUGCGGUAAGAGCGACGGUAACGUGAGCUUUUGGAACGGGCUGCAUGCGUCAUCAAACCGCAAACUAACAAUCCAAAUUCUUACCGCACUUGCUGAAGCUGUUAGUCAAUAUGACAAUGUGAUUGGUCUUGAGCUCAUGAACGAGCCUCAAAACCACAGCUGUCUGGAGGGCUUUUAUGUUGAUGCGAUCAAGGCAAUUCGCGCUAGCUCGAGCCCUGCUGUCGCCCAGUUGCCUUUGUACAUCGGUGAUGGCUGGGACACGAACCACUACGCUAAGUACGUGGGCAAACACAGCGACAUAGGCAACCCGCUUGUCUUGGACCAUCACAUGUAUCGCUGUUUCACGUCGCAUGAUCAUCGAACUUCUGCCGAGCAGCAUGCUUGUGAUCUUGAUAUAGGAAAGCAAGGCAAGACGGCAUGGUGGCUCAAGGGCAUUUCCGAGCACGCACAAGGCGCUAUUAUCAUCGGCGAAUGGAGUGGCGCUUUGAAUCCUGGUUCUUUACGUGGAUGUGCCAACCACUUGGAUGCACUUAAAAGUUGGUCACAUGCUCAGUGGCAUGCGUUUGAAUCUUAUACGGCUGGUUACUAUUACUGGACAUUAAAGAAGGAAGGGGGCCCUGAUCCCGGAUGGUGCUUUUACACCGCUGUAGAGAAAGGUACAAUGCCUCCGUCACUGAACCCUCUCGAUGGAGGUCACGUGGACUUCAACGCUCUCCAUCAGCAGGGUGUUGAACUUGCGCAGCGAUGCCUCCAGGAACACACCAAGUACUGGGAUUCGAAGGGCGGAAACUAUGAUCAUGAACAGUACAAGCAUGGAUUUGAGAUGGGCUGGAAGGAUGCCCUCGAAUUUCUGCAAGAGGGUGCAGAAGUUGGACUUCCCAACCAGCUCGCAAAACUUCGCUUGGCUUCGUACGAACAGGACCAUGACUCCAAGAAUGCUUGGGAAUUUGAACACGGUUUCAGACAGGCAUUGGAAGCCUUUCGACGGACCUUGUACGGUUGA